AUGCGCUCACUACCGUUUAUAGGACGUGGCGAGUUUCCGGUCAUGACCAGCACGCUCCUUCAUUUCCCCUCUGUGGAUAUCUCGUCCCACCUGUGUCCCGGCGAGCAAGAGCUCGAGUUGGAAGUAGUAUCUUCAAGUCUAGUAGCGGCUCGAUCAAGAUCGAACUUCCUUGUGUCGUCGUCCGGCGAAACUGAUAAGGUCGACCCUGCGGAAUGCAUCCGACCAGGAGACGGUACUGUGGUCGUGCGGUUCGCCUGGCCCGUCAAGGAUGCUGGGGUGGAGGGCCACUUCUCGCAAGACUGGGUGGACGAGCUGCUGGAAGGACUUUGGGUCCUGAGGGUCACGACAUCACGGGCUUGCAAGCACCCGCACGUCUACUCCAAGAGCUCCCUGCUCGUGCUCGACUCCAUCUGGCCCCAACGUGCUGGUCACUGGGAGGAGGUGGGGAGGUACGUGUGCGAGGUCAGGUCGAUGGGAGGCCGGCUGGGGCUGAUGCUGCUGGGAGACGAGUACGCGCAAGCUCCGUCCUUCCUGUAUGAAGAGAGCGACUACCUGUUCAAGAACUACUUCUUCCCGUCCCAGCUCGCCCACUCCCACGUGACCUUCAUCCCCCUGGGGUACAAGUCAGGGUACUGGGACCAGGAGGAGAAGCAUGUGGGGCAGCGGAGGGACUGGAUGAUGGAGAUGAUGGAGGAGGAGGAGGCCCAGGAUCACGGAAGGGGCAGGGGCAGGAGGAAGUUCCGGUGGAACUUUGUGGGGAACGUGUACUCGAGCGAAUCGCGGCUCGACAUGAUGGAAGCGAUCGACUCCCUCGGAGCUGACUUCAGCAGGGACGCCCACAUGAACCUGACGACGAUGUGGAACGACUUCAGCAGGGGGAUGGCGACGCGAUCCUACAGGGACUUGCUGCUGAGGUCGGACUUCACGCUGUGCCCAGGAGGAGGCAACGUGGAGACUUACAGGGUGUCGGAGGCGCUCGAGGCCGGUUCGAUCCCCGUGCUGGAGUCUUCGAUAGCGUUCGAGCAUAUCUACCCCGGGCAUCCCUUCCCCUACAUCAGCAACUUCUCUCGAGACCUCGGGCCUGUCCUGCUGGAGUCUGAGGAGAACCUCGUGGAGCUGAGGAAAGAAGUGUUCUCCUACUGGUGGGAGCUGAAGGGAGAGAUCCGGAAGAAACUCUCGCGUUGCCUCCGUGGGAGGAAGGAGCAGAGAGACUACGGAGGGGAGGGGAGGUGCGCAGCAAACGUAGACAAGUCAGUCCGGACCAUACAAGACAGCAUCGAUGCAGAGCUGCAGCGGCAGAGGAAACUUGCACAAGAGCUGUAA